UAAAAAAAAUCUAUUAGAAUUCGAACCUUCGACUUUCGUAGUACGAGUCAAGAGCACUAACCACUUGACCACCGAGUGAUAAUGUUAUCGCACUUUGUCUUAUCGAGAGUUGGCGGCAUAUGCCCAUUAAACUUAAAAUGCAAAAGCUAUUACUAUUACAUGUUUUACCUGUUGUACAAUCUAUAUAAUUGGUCAUUAUGCUCUCUUAAAAAAAAAUUUCUUCGCGCAUUUUUUUUAGUUUUCUGGUAACAGUAAAAUAACUAACAUGGAUCGUUGGAUUAAUAAAGUUGCGGUGAUAACUGGCGCCAGUUCUGGCAUUGGUGAGGAUUUAGCGAGAGAAUUGGUGAAGAAAAAUGUUAAUGUCGUUGGAUUGGCGAGAAGAAUUGAUAAUAUGGAGAAAAUUAAGGAAUCGUUAAAAAAUGAGAAGGGCUCAUUUUAUCCAAUUAAAUGCGAUGUCUCUAAGGAGGAGGAUAUCGUUAAAGCAUUUCAAUGGAUUGAAAAAAAUUUAAAAACCGUCGAUAUUCUUGUUAAUAAUGCUGGAGUUCAUACCGAAGAUUUGUGUAUUGAAAGUUCAACAGAGAACAUUAAAAAAGUUAUUGAUGUUAAUUUAAUUGCCCCCACUAUCUGCACUAAGGAGGCUGUGAAAAUAAUGAGAAAAAAUAAUACAGUCGGUCACAUUAUUAACAUUAACAGUAUUUCCGGGCAAAGUGUGGAAUUUUUCGAAAGUACAGCAAUGCAUAUGUACAGUCCAAGUAAAUUUGCCCUAAAGGCUGUCAGUCAAGUUGUUGAAUUGGAACUUGAAUAUGUCAAAAGUCGCACAAAAGUAACAUCUAUUUUUCCUGGAAUGGUGAAAACUGAAAUGCCACCAGAAAUUGCUUUCAAAAAUUCUCCCUACCUUGAUUCGAAGGAUAUUACUGACAGUAUAAUUUACGUUUUAUCCACACCCCCGCAUGUGCAGAUUAAAGAACUAACAAUUACAUCUGUACCUGGAUAUUUGCGCAUGGAACGUUGGAUUAAUAAAGUGGCGGUGAUAACUGGUGCUAGUUCUGGUAUUGGUGCAACAAUUGUUAAAGCACUUGUGAAAAAAAAUGUCAAAGUCGUUGGAUUGGCGAGACGUUUGGAGAAUAUGGAAAAAAUUAAAAAUGACCUCAAUAAUGAUAAGAGAGAUUUAUUUUUUCCAAUAAAAUGCGAUGUCUCGAAGGAAGAGGAUAUUUUAAAUUCUUUCAAGUGGAUUGAAGAAAAUUUAAAGUCUGUCGAUAUUCUUGUUAAUAAUGCUGCCCUUGGGACAAAAUAUUUAUGCAUUGAAAGUUCGACAGAAAAUAUAAGAAACGUCGUCGACUUAAAUUUAAUUGGUCCAACUAUUUGCAUUAGGGAAACUAUAAGAAUUAUGAAGGAGAAAAAUUCACCUGGUCAUAUUUUCAAUAUCGCCAGUAUUCUGGGACAAAAUAUCCAAAUAUUUCAUGGUAUAACAUUCAAUCUUUAUGGACCAACGAAAUUUGCGCUAAAAGCAAUUAGCGAUGUUAUUGAACUCGAAUUGGAGAGUAUAAAAAGUCCCAUAAAAGUAACGACAAUUUAUCCUGGCUUGGUGAAAACUGAAAUGCCACCGCCGAUAGCGUUUAAAGUAUUUCCGUACCUCGAUGCCGAUGAUAUUUCAGAUGCUGUUUUGUACGCUUUAUCUACCCCUCCCCACGUGCAGAGCCCGGGAGAUAAGUUUUCAGUCUAUUUUCCACAAUUGCGCGAGAUGGAUGCAUGGACUGAUAAAGUUGCACUGGUGACUGGUGCAAGUGCGGGAAUAGGUCAAGAAAUUACUCGACUAUUAAUUGAGGCUGGCGUCAAUGUCGUGGGAUUGGCGCGUAAUAUCGAUAAAAUGCGUCAAUUUCAAACGAAAGAAUUAAAGGACAAAAUUGGCAAAUUCUAUCCACUUGAAUGCGAUUUAACAAAUGAAAAUGAUAUUUUACGUGCAUUCAAGUGGAUUGAAAUUAAUUUACCGGGCGUCGACAUUCUUAUCAAUAAUGCAGCUGUUCUAAUUAAUGGAAUGAUAAUAGAUGGGAAAACGGAGGAUUUCCGAAAAACAAUGGAAUUAAAUGUUAUUGCUCCGGCAAUUUGCAUUAGAGAGGCAGUGAGGUCCAUGAGAGAAAGAGGAGUGAAGGGCCAUAUCAUUAAUAUCAACAGUAUUUUCGGACACGAAGCAGUUCACGUCCCAUCUGUCUAUUCGAAUCUUUACGCCCCCAGUAAAUUUGCUCUGACAGCAAUGAGUCAACAGGUGCAGGCUGAGUUAAAGGAUAUAGAAAGUGGAAUUAGACUUACGAAUUUGAGUCCAGGUUUGACGAAGACUGACAUGUCAUCGAAAUUAUGGUCCCUUCAUCCCUACGUUGAGGCUAAAGAUAUUGCUCAAGGUGUAAUUUACGCUUUAUCAGUUCCUUCACAAGUUUUGGUAAGACAAUUAUCGAUUACUAAUCAAGCGGAGUAACAAUUAUGUAAAAAAUAAAUAAAACAAUUUUUUCAAAAUAUA